CAAAAUACAUAGCAAACACUUUUGUAAUAACAAAUUAUGGAGAACUGUCGGUUAGUCUCCAUCAUCUUGUUCGUCCACACAAUCAUAUCGAUAAGCUCAAUCAACUGCACAGAGAAUAAUAGCAAAUUCAUCACAAACCAAGCUGCUUUGUUCGUGUUCGGAGAUUCUCUGUUCGAUCCAGGAAACAACAACUACAUCAAUACUACCAACCGAGCCAAUUUUUUUCCAUACGGUCAAACCUUUUUCAAGUUUCCCACCGGAAGAGUCUCCGACGGACGUUUGAUUCCCGACUUCAUCGCUGAGAAGGCAUGGUUACCGUUGAUCCCACCAAACCUACAACCAAGCAACAGUAACAGUCAGUUUACCUAUGGAGUUAAUUUUGCUUCUGCCGGUGCCGGAGCUUUGGUGGAAUCAUUUUCCGGACAGGUGAUAGAUUUGGGAACACAGUUAAAUAGCUUCAAGAACGUUAAAAGGAGGUUAAUAUCUGCAUUAGGAGAAACAGAGGCCAAGAGGAUUUUCUCAAGAGCUGUUUAUCUUUUCAAUAUUGGAGGCAACGACUUAUUUUAUGCCUUAUUUCAGACCUCUUCACUUGUGAACCUCAAUGCCAAAGAAAGAUUAGUUGAGUUUAUUAUUGGUAAUACAACGUCUGUGGUCAAGGAAGUGUAUAAAAUGGGAGGGAGGAAAUUUGGAUUCUUGAAUGUGGGACCCUACGAUUGUGCACCAGGCGCAAGGAUCUUAGACAUAGCAAACAUAGAAUCUUGUAACAAACCAGUCACUGAACUGAUCGAUUUGCACAACAAGAAGUUCCCAGAUGGUUUAAAGCGGCUUCAACGUGAACUAUCCGGAUUCAAAUAUGCCUUUCACGACUAUCGCACUUCCUUACUACAGAGAAUCAACAAUCCUUCUAAAUACGGGUUCAAGGAAGGGAAGAUGGCAUGUUGUGGAAGCGGGCCAUUGAGAGGAACGCCUACUUGUGGAAUGAACCAAACGGGACAAAGUUACGAGCUAUGCGAAGACGUUACCGAUUAUUUGUUUUUCGAUUCAGCUCAUUUGACAGAAAAGGCUCAUCGACAAAUUGCAGACUUGAUUUGGAGUGGUCCGCCUAAUGUCACUGGACCUUAUAAUCUCAAAGCUUUAUUUGAAAUUAAUUAGAAUCACCGAUAUAUAUAUAUAUAUGAAAAUAAAGAUGACAAUGCUAAUAAUUUUGUCUAAGCUUUUUAUUUUUCAAUAAAAGGGUUUCUAUUGAAGUGCUAAAA